UUACCUAACUGGUUCAAAUAAGUACAGAAUAAGUACUUAUUAAUCUGUGCUUAUAAAAUGCUUGUGAUUGUAUUUUUUUGACAUCUCACAAUUUAUUACAUUACUGCAAACAGAAAGCACGCAACCCUCUUUCCCCAGUGGUUUAACCAGUGUAACUGGCUUGCUCUCAGGCAACCUUUGAAACGUCCCUUGGGAGAAGUUCACUGACACGCCGUUUCAGGUAAAGCCGGCCAAUCAGGUGCUGGGUCCUGGCUACGGGGCUUCCGGAGGUCCAGUGUGUUUAAGGAGGAUGAGGUGGAGCGUCAAGUUGAGCUCAGCCGCGAGUGUGUAUCGGUGGUACGGGAGGACGAAGGUGAUGUUUUCUGUAGAUGGCACUUCCACCAGACCAAGAUGAUGAGCUGUCAGACGAAGAGUUUGAAGAGGUUUUGAACGAUAUCGGAGGCAGGCAUCGGAUCUACCUGGUUGGAGACAUUUGGGAAAAUGAGAGAACAGCACGAGCCAGGCAGCUGUCGGAGUUGGUGAAUGACCUCUUUGAUUUGGAUCUGGCUGAACAGUGCAGAAUGCACAACGGUGACUCUUCCGCCGGCGCAAACUCGGUAAAUGCGAAUAUUUCGGGAGCUUUCACCUGUCCCACAGCGUCACGCAGCAUGUGCAAGAAACAGGCGCGGACGAUCGACUCGCCUCUCGUGGUCUUUGUAUUGAGUCAAGGAAGCCUGCGUAAUACCGCCCGGCGUGCCUCCUUACGGGUGAUCCUAAAAGACGUGCGAGGCCGUAUCAAGUUUUCGAGGCAGCGGCCAGCACUGUUGGGACUCGUCUACUCCCCCGGUGGCCGCAGCACGGACAGUCCUGACCUGAUAUACCAGCUGGACCAGCAACUGCGAUCAGUUUUUCGGAAUCUGUCUAAAGAAGCAGUACAAACCGGGCUGUUCGUCCCUAAGGACGCGACGGUGAAGGUGGAAAUCAAGAGGAGUGUCUGCAGACUACUGCGAGCCACACGGGGAGACCAGACAGCUGAUACUUCAACAAGAAGUUCCUCCUGGUGCUUUCUGCAAUGUUUUUACCUGUGGGGAAGCAGCAAACGAACACAGCAGCUUGUUGGUGAAAAACAAGGAACUGUUGAGAAUGGAGAGGAAGCAAUUCCUUUGCAGCUCCCUUUGUCUGGGACCUCUCAAGCAACUCCCACAGGUGAUGAGAAGGAAAGUAGUGUAUGAAGUUGCACCUCAAGUUCUUCAGCUACACAAAGAUGAAUGGAGGGAAUCUGGGGUUCAGGGGUUGCAGUCAACCCAUAACAAUGAAUGUUUCUAUUUUUUAGAGUUUACUAUAUAUAAUAUGUAUAUUUUUACAUCUUUUUUUUUAUUGUGGAAUGAGUUGAUCCAGAUAACACAUCUUACAAAUGGACUUUUAACAUGCCACAGAGUUGCCAGAAUUUAGAGACAUGUAUUAGGUUAAAAAGAAAUUGGUGUUUAUAAUGUACUAACAAAAUCAUAUCUAUAGACAUGUUCUGUUCAUCUAUUGUCUUUGUGAUGGCUAAAAAGAUGUUAAAAAAAA